UGUAGGAGUGUAACGGGUGUAAAAAGAAAAAAAUGGAUCAGCCUAACGAUAAAAUUCCACCACGACGCAAACGCAAUCUAAUGCAAAAUUUUAUUCAUCGUGAUAUUGGAAUUGGAACCAAAGGUAGUGCUAAUACUAAGUCAUUUGAAUUCCUCGCAGAAACAAAUCUUGUUCUCAAAGAUCAUGAGGAAAUGAAAUGUAAUAUUCCUGGAUCCCCUCGAGCAACUUAUUUAAUGGUAUUCAGUUCAGACGGAAAAAAGGUGGCAUCGACUCACGGGAACAAAAGCGUCUGUAUAACAGACCUGACAACAGGGAAGAACAUAAAAACCCUGACUGGACAUCCACGAUCUCCAUGGUGCAUAGCAUUUCAUCCUUCCAGCGAAUUGGUAGCCACAGGGUGUCUCGGUGGACAAGUAAGAGUCUGGGACUUCCAAGGAGGAAGCGAAGUCUGGAGCUCUGGUAACUCAACAGCAAUCACCUCGCUGGCUUUCCACCCAUCCGAGCGUCUUCUAAUAAUAGCAACCCACAACCAGAUCCAUUUCUGGGACUGGCGUAACUCGGAGCCGUUUGCCGUAGCGUCAACUCGCAGCGACUCGGAAAAGGUCCGUUUCGUAGCGUUUGAUCGAUUGGGAAGAAAGCUAAUAACGGGAAUCGCCAACACACUUCACUCACAGUCCCAGUGGGAUCGUCCUCCGAAUGACCACCUCAACAGACGGCUAUUGAGACCGGACUACAGGAUUCAGUACGAAAGACCGGAUCCAAACUCGUCUGCGAACAACCACCAUCGGAUUCCCCUGGGUAUAAACAUUUGGAAUGACUUCAGCAACCGCCUGCCAGAAUUAUCAGCCAAUAGAUACCCGACUUACAUCAGCUUUGACGAUCUGUAUAGAGUAAGAACUACCAGCAGACAAAACUCUGCUCCGGCUAAUCCAGAUGACGAUGAGUUCACAAAUUCUCCGACGAUGCGCAACUUCUUGAGGGAUAGACACCUUCCGACAGCUGCUGCGAGGCUCCUAGGGAGAAUCAAUGAUAACGGUAACGUCGAGCAAGGCAACGUGACCAUAGAAGUCCGUCGGAAUAAUUUGCUGUCGCAAAACAAUGAAGCGUUGGGAGCUGAACAACCAGGUCAUCGUCUACCAAACACGCAUCCGUACUAUCUUGGUUCAAUUUUGCGGAGAGUGCUGAGACACCUGGCGGAUAUUCGCAGGGUACCUCAGCUGAUGUUGGAAGACAUUUUCUAUGAGAUAGACCGUAAUCGCAGCGGACUCCGCAGUGCUAGGCAUUAUUUUUCUUUUGCUCCACGCGAAGCUCGCUGGCGUGAGUUAGCUGAAGAGGGAAUUCUUCCUCCAGUCCCGACUAUGUCGCUGUCAACUUCACCGUCUUCGUCAAACAGUCUUCCGACUCCUAGGCGGCUGGCUGAAGAUGAUCGCACUGAUUGUGAUAGACAGUUGAUUUAUUUAUGGGCAGAGCUCCAAUUAAAUCAACUCUACAGAAAUCUUAUUGACCAUUAUGAAGCUCAGGUUCAUACUUUCUUCAAUCCAUCGAACAACGGGCUGGAAACUGAAUCAGUACGUAAUUUCUCGCCAACGCAAGACAACGACAUCGCCGGGAGAACUCAGCGAUUGAGUUAUAUUCUACGAGUUCAUCAGCUUCCUACUUCUUAUGACCAUGUAGCUCUUGUGUUUCAGCAUCUUCGUCGGCAGCGAGCUUAUGGUAGCCUCUGGGAAUUGCGCAGAGCUAUUCAGAUUACAAGUGCUAAUAAUUGUAAUUAUUUAUCGAGGCUUCGUAAUCUUCGUGUGAGAUUAGAAGUCCAUGCGACGGCUUACAUUGGUGAGGAACGCAGAGGAUUGAACCGCUCGAUCAGAGCUUCGCUGGAUAUUGAAUUGCGUGAGCUAAGAAAUCUUGAAAAUCAAUUUCGAAUGGCUAAUUACAGGAUUGAGCAAUUGAGACAAUUAUUCUUGCAAUUGUCAGCCAGGUCAAUACCUUACUAUCCGUCUGCCAAUGCUGAGAGAGUGAUUUAUUGGACGAAACUUAACCGGCUAAUUGGUAUUUCUCCGGAAGUUAUUUCUUUGUAUGAGAGAAAUUCUCGAAGUGAUUACAAUUCAUCUCCCACUUUUCAAAGUGAUUCACGGAACCCUGAUAAUCCUUUAUCAUCGUCAUCAUCAUCGAGGCUCGCUGGCAGCUCUGGGAAUCAAUCGGGGAGACGCAAUCCAGGUACUUCUAACCGGCGACUUUUUGAGCCUAGCAACAGUGAUCCCGGGGACGAGGAACCUCCACGAAGAAGAUUACGGAGAGAUACCACGGACGAUACCGCUGGUAGUGAGAUAAGAAAUAAUGGUCAUUAUUCUGAAGCAACUCCUGAUAAUUCGACGUCUAGUGAAGAAGGACAAUUUGCACAAGUGCCACAUCCUGUAUUAUCAAUAUUUACUAUCUCGUCACAUUCUGCCUUUCAGCCAAGUGUUCCGAGAAAUACCCUCAAUAAUCAAAGUCAAGAUUCUUCCAAUAGUUCCUCGCCGCGACAGUCUAAUUCAAAUGCUAAUCAGAAUCAGGGCUCGCAACCACCACCACCACCACCUCCACCACCAUCAACUACUACAGCAGCAGCAACAACUUCGACAGUUGGGACAACAAACAGUGAUAAUUCUCUGUGGAUGGCUUUGAUGAUUGCUCAGAGAUUAAAUACUCAGCAAAAUAAUGGUUCGAAUGAUUCCAAUAAUUCUAAUUCUGAAAGUAAUCCUGGUCCAAGUACAUCUGGACACAGUAAUGACAAUCGUAAUGAUGAAAAUGAAAUGCUGUUAAAUGAAGAUGAAUUUAUGGAUGUUGAUGAAAUUGGCUUUGGUGAAGAAGACGAGGAAGAAGAAACUGGAGAGACACCUCAAGUUGAGGAUGAGGAUAUUAAUCACGAGGACGAAGAAGAAGAGGUUGAAGAAGACGAACCUGAGGGAGAAGGAGAGGUUGAGGAAGAAGAGGACGAUGAAGAGGCUGAAGAUACUGAAGAGGCUAGAAUAACCUCUCAAUCUACUAUUGCUGGCGUUAGCAGGGAAGAAGAAGUCCAGAGUUCUAAUAACGAUUCAAGUCCGAGAUUAGCUACUCGGUUUUCUGCUUCCACGUCAAGAGAGCCUAACCGCGUUGAAGACGAAGAAAACACUGCUGAGCAAUCGGAAAUUGGGUACUGGUUACUUCAAGAAAACAGCAAUCCUGACUCAAAUGACGCGGGGACCAGUUCUAAUUCUACGCCUCUGAGGUGGACCAGUCGCUGGAUCCGCACGAGCCCUAACAACCGUCCAGCUGGGAGCACCCGGACUCCUUUAUCGCCCUACUCGACCACUGCUAGCCGCUAUGAGCAACCGCCUUUCUUUCCCUUCAGAAGCCUUCGUGACCAGCAGCGGUGUGAUGAAGAGCAGAGAAGACACUCCAGCGAGACACCCUCGGCUAGUGCUCCUGAAAGUAAUCCAACGGAUUCGCAGUCAGAGUCCGGUGCUCAGGGGUCAUCAUCGUCUGUUCUUCUUCAGGAACUUGCGUCUGCUUUACAGGUUGACGAAACUCCUAAUACCUCGGAUUCAAUGGACAGAAUCCUUUCUUCGGGUCAGGCAGCUUCGGAUAACACUGAUGCUAAUAAUGAUGCUCCAGGUAAUUCUAAUGGGCAAACGGGUAAUUUUGGAGCUAAUAAUUGUAGAGUUUUUCUUAAUCAAUUCCUUCGGGAAAAAUCUGCUGCUAGAUUUAAUAAUUAUAGUACUAAUAAUAAUAAUAAUAAUAAUAAUAAUAAUAAUAAUAAUAAUAAUAAUAAUAAUAAUAAUAAUAAUAAUAAUAAUCAGAAUAUUGGUAGUAGCGGUAGCAGUAGUAAUAAUAAUAAUAAUAAUAAUAAUAAUAAUUCACAAUCAUAUGCAGGAGCUUCAAGAACACGGAUUGAUGUCCAAAUAACAGAACUCCGAAACUACAUGACGAGAUAUCAGACUUCAAGAUCUAAAUGGAAAGUGCUUCUCCAAGAAUUACGAUCACUUCACUCUCGAAAUUUCCAAAGAAACACCACCGACGACCCAGUAGCUUCAACAUCAAGAGACAGCCAGGAUUCGCCUUCAGUAGAGCGACUGAGAAACUUCAAAAAAGCUCUAAUACAAAAUUAUGAGCGACAACACGGAGCUUCAUCUUCAUCUGCUGGGCCAUCUUGGUUAGCGAAUCGUACACAAGAGCCUAGAACCAGUGGAGAAACUAGUCCAGUGUUUACUCCAGAGCAGUACAAUAUGCUGGAAGAGCUGUCGAACUGUAUCCCCCAAGAGUAUGAGGCUGACAAUUUAUUUUACCAAAACUUUAUUUCUUUUCUAGACGGCAAUUACCCCCGACUUAGUUCUAGCUCUUACUCAAAUUCAACCAGCGACCACACCUACUCGAAUCUGACAAUUCGAGAUCGAGAGAGUGAGUCGCCGACGAUAUCCAGCUUGGCGCAUCGUCUGGUCAGCAAGUGGACCCCUCCGAGUUCUAACGACUCGUUGGAUGAAGAUGGAGAAGUAAGACGGAUUACUCCUGGAAUAGCCGAGUAUAUCCGUAUAAAAACUUACGCUCGAGAUUACGUUCAUCAGACCGACGACAUGCGGCCGUUGAGGUUGGCGCUUCACACUCUGGACGCGCGCUUGCUUAAUUAUUGGUGUUUUUUACCGGAUUAUGGAAGCGAGUCGAGGUCUAGAACUCCAGCAAAUCGUAUGCUGAUGAUAAUGCGGAGUAAGUCAACGCAAUACAGCUUGCUGGGGGCCUUUGAGAAGGUAAGAAUUACCUUGAAUAAAAUAAACGAGAACGGAGCUUACGAGAGACUCUGCUACAUAUACGUCAUCAUUCGCUUGGCUCUAGAAUUGAUUGACUUAGUCAUAGCCCAGUCUAUUAUAAUAUACUGCGAAGCGACCGAAGCUGAUCGUGCAUCUGAGCGCAGAGGUUCAAGACGCGAGCAGCCCUCAACAUCGGAACCACCUGAAGGCACAAAUGCCAGUGGUAGUAAUAAUCAGCAAGAUGCGAUGCCAAACAGCAAUUUAAGGUCCACACGACUUCUACUGGGCACUGCAGAUGCCCUUCCAAUGCCUAAGCCAGUUAUUUUGAAGUACCGGAGGAUGGCUGACCGGCUCGAAAGAUUGUUCCCGAAUUCAAUGAUUUAUCAAAGUCAAAAUCAAAAUUAUAAUGCUAGUAUUAAUAAUGGUAGCAAUGUUGGUAAUAUUAAUCCCAAUGGGAAUAGUAAUUUUAUUUCACCUACGCCGUCAACUUCUAUUGCCAAUGAUUCUUCAAGACUGGGAAGAAACUUAGGUAUUGCUUCUGAGAGCAGUACUUUGUCCGCUGAAUUGCAAAGUAUCAUCGAGAGGAUUCAGAAUAAUGUUAACUCGCUUUCCGGAGUUGUUGAUGAUACUCGACUGUCUGAAUCAACAAAUUCUGCUACUGCUGCUCCUGCUAAUAGUAGCAGUAGUAAUAACAAUAAUAAUAAUAAUAAUAAUAAUAAUAAUAAUAAUAAUAAUAAUAAUAAUAAUAUUAUAAAUAAUAAUAUUAAUAGUAAUAACAAUAACAACAACAACAACAACAAUAAUAAUAAUAAUAAUGCAAGAGAAUUUCCAAGAACACGUAAUUAUCCGCGACAAUCGCGUGUCCAUGAAGAUGAUAUAUUGCGAGCAAUAAGACGCUUGAGUGCUAGUGUCCUUUUAAACCGUGCAUCAUCACGAUUGACUAGUCUAAGAUUCUGGCAACCAACAACAGAACCAAGCUGGACACUGCCAAUUCGUCGGAUCACAUCAUCCCGAGAUGCACCUAGACAACAAUUGAAUGUACCAGUUCUCCAGGUGAACAACGUUCCUGUAAGCGACUUCAACAACCUGCCAGGUCAUCGUGAUCAUCUUCUGAGAUUACCACCACCUUCUUACGAGACUCCGCGUCGGAUACUGACCACGAGAAUCCAGAGACAAAAUGCGGUCCAGUCAGAUUCGUCAAACUCGUCAUCAUCUCAGGGCUCCGAUCACGCGGUUCCUGAGUUUGUGUCUCCACCCAUUGAUCCUAUUCGGAGUUCCCCCUGGGUACCGAUGAUUAAUUUGAAUGAAAUAGCACGAGCUCGGUUCCCAGGACACGUUGCUGCUGCGGGGAUGGGUAUUGGCAUCAAUGGUGGACGGGGUGAUGGCCAAGAGCCCCCUUCUAAUGACGAUAAUGAUGAUGUUGAGAUUAGGACUGAACAUAUUCCAAUGGCGUUUAAUGAUUCUGAGCUGCAAAAGUACAGGGUUCAAGCUUGGGACUUUUCGGAUGGAAAAAUACCAGAUAUUAGAGAUUCUGAGAAAAAUAUUGUUGUACGCGAGUGCAAGAUUCAUAAUGAAGCUAAUAUUGAUAUUUCUUCGGAUGGUAAAUAUUUGGCAUCAUUUUUGCCGUCUGGACGGAUGCAUAUGUCUACAACAAUAGGAAUCUACAGUCUCGAAUGGGAAACCCUGGGCAAGCAGCUGCACUCGACAAAAGUAGACCAAACAGUAGCAUCUCUGUCAAUAUCCCCAACUCAUGGACACUUAUUAGUUGGCCUAGCGUCUCGUCGUGUUCACGCACCCUUGAGACAAUUCCCAAUGGCGCUGAUCUACAAAUUCAUCGAGCGUCCCUUGGAAGACGAGACCACAGAAAAAGAAAUAAAGAACCUGGAGACUCGCGAGGACGAAGUGCUCGACCAAUUUUUGCCAUACAGCUUCGAAACCUACAACAUUCCGUCGUUUCUCACACACACUCGGAUGCUCUCAAACCGUUACGCUUCUCGCAACCAGGAAGAUCAAAAGGACAGCAAGAAAUCAAUGGUGCUUUUACGUGAACUCCAGCAAGUUCAUCGCGAGAACGCUGGUUACAUGAGCCUUAAUUGUAUAAGAUGGGUUCCACAAGCUGGUCAAGGAAUUAUUUAUGCUACCAAUACUGGACUACUUAAUAUUCUUCAUUGA